AUGUCAAUAGGCUAUUUGGCUAAGGAUAUUGAGUGCUUACUUUCAGAAUUAGAUGAAAAUUUAUCUGAAUUGAAGGCUAUACUGAAAGACCAUAUCUCGCAAAAAGUAAUUAACGCAGCAAAUGACAAACUUUCUGAGGUUAUACUACUUGCGGAAAGGAUAAAGACUUCAAAAAUUUCAUACAAAUUGGAGAUUGAGGUGUCAAAUUCACACACUCAGUCAUUACAUUCUAAAAAAUUGAUCCAAUAUGAAGAAACAUUUAAAGAAUUCAUGGUCUUGGUUGAACAUUAUACUAAUCAACUGCGCGAGAUUUCAACCUGCGAAUCAAUUGAGGAAAAGCUUAAGCAUGAGUCUAGAGCCAAGAAGCUUAUUGUUUGGGGCGACAAAGUUCAGGAUAAAACUCAGGAGUCCAUUAACAAUAUGACCAAGAUUACCACUGAUGCUGAAAGGAUAGGGGAUGAUAUAAUGCGUGAUCUGGAACGACAAACUGAAACAUUAAAUCGAGUGCAACGCAACUUCUCCAACGUGGAUAACAACGUAACUACUGCUAAAAUGGCCGUCAACGCUAUCGCCAAAAGUAUACUCCGGGACAAAUUUGUCAAAGUAAUGUUAAUUGGCAUACUAAUACUUAGCAUUGCAUGCGUCUGUGUAUAUUUAAUCACUUCGUCAUUUAAUGAGAGCAACAACAAUAAAGGCUUUAGAGAUAAAGGUCAUGGCAGGGGGCCUCCACCUAGCGAUCAGAAUACACCAUUUAAAGAAAAUCUUCAAAGCUCCUAG